ACACAAUGCUUGAGACACGGCAUAUUCAAGAGCUCGAUGCCAAUUCUACAGUCAAACACUACUGGGCGUAUCCCGAUCGGAUUUUACCAUGCACCAAAGAUGCCGGCACUUGUGCAUAUCUGGAUUCUGUCUACCACUCGCAUGAGAUAUCAAUGCUCUACACCUUCAUUCUCUGGGCGGUCUUGGGCGGCGUUCUUAUGUUAAUGCUCUCGUUGCGUUAUGGCAAGAGCGUAACUCGCUCAUCAAAUAUCAAGACACCACUUCGGCGUGGGUUGGACUCUCUCGGAUCCAUGGGAAGGCGAUGGACGCUUUCCGAGGCUCCGGGAAGAGGAGUUCUCGGACGAGUGACUCUUUUACAGGUUGCAGUGCUAUCUUCGCUUCUUGGCUAUUUGUUAAUAUUCUCUCUCGUUGGUGUUACUUAUAAAACCUGGAUCACACCUACCAAGAAGCAUCCUGAAUUGAAGACAAUCAGAACCGGUUUCGGAGGCUGGGGCGACCGUGUUGGCGCCCUGGCUUAUGCCUUGACGCCACUCACGAUCGCUCUUUGCUCUCGUGAGAGCGUCUUGUCUCUCAUCACCGGUAUUCCAUACCAACAUUUCAAUUUCCUGCAUCGAUGGACUGGUCGAGUCAUUUUCAUCCAGUCUUUUCUGCACACAUUGGUCUGGACACUUGUCGAAGGGAGAUUCUACCAGCCGCAACCGGAGACUUAUACCGCAUUCAUCAAGCAAAAGUACAUUGUCUGGGGAAUCGUUGCUCAAAUCAUGAUUACCUUCUUGUACAUUUUCAGCACCAGCUGGGCCAUCCGAUUGACUGGAUACGAGUUCUUCAAGAAGACCCAUGCUUUGAUUGGCAUAUUAUAUCUCGGAGCAUGCUGGGGACAUUGGGACAAAUUGGCCUGUUGGAUGAUCGCCUCUCUCAUUAUCGUACUUGCCGACUUCGGAAUCAGAUUCCUUCGAACUGCACUGCUUCACGUCGGAUACCGCAAGGGUAAGCCUGGUCUUGGUUUCCACAGCGCCAUUGCUACUGUUCAGCACUAUGGUGACGACGAGGAUUCGGUUGUGCGUAUUGACUUCGACUUUAAGCACUCCGCCUGGAAGCCUGGUCAACACUUUUACCUCUGCUUCCCUGCACUUAACAUCUGGCAGAGCCAUCCAUUCACGCCAUCAUCUCUUCCCGAUGGUCGCAGCGAUAUUCAGCACCAUACCUACCUAAUCCGCGAACGUUCCGGUAUCACUGCCAAGCUUGCCCGAAUUGCUAAAGCCACUGGCGGAGAUUCUUGUGCUACUUCCGUCAUACUCACCGGACCCUAUGGAGGCACAUCUUCUGAGGAAGCCGCCUCCUCCAAUAUUUUGACUGUGGCAGGCGGCACAGGCGUCACUUCUGUGCUCCCCACUCUUCAAGAUACUUUUACUGUCGCGCAAACAGGCACUCGUGCUGUCGAUUUUGUGUGGAUCAUCCGCAAAAUCCAAGACCUUUCCUGGAUUGAACCAGAAUUGAUGGAGCUCAAGUCAUGGAUGUCUUCUAGCAAAGCGAAUGGCCUACGUCUACGCAUCUUCGUUACCCGCGAGACAGCACCGCCAGAAUCAUCGAAUUCCUCCACUUCUUCUAUAUCCGAGAAGGGCAAAGGAUGUUGUAGUAAGCGUGCUAAGAGUGGGAAGAAUGGUGUAAUCGUCUCCACCUCAAAUGACCUGGUAACACCUCAGCACAACUUCGAGAUUACAUACCUCGGCGGCGCUCAUCCCUCGAUCAAGGAUAUUGUCUGCGACUUCGCUGAAAGAGCGGCGAUCUGUGGCGGUAGAAGUCAAGUCGUUGGUGCUGGACCUAUGGAGAUUGGUACUGCUUUGCGCUCUGCCGUUGCAAAAGAAAAUCACGCCGGCAGGGUAUGGCAAGGUGACGACAGCGGUAUUAUGGCUCUUGAGUGGGACUGCCGGUCA